GGCGGCCCGCGGGCGCAGCGCCCAGCAGCUCGGGAGCAGCUCGGACGUCGGCCCGGGGCCACUGAGGCCGCGGCCUGGCGGGGCCCCGAGGAAGUUCGGGGCCGGAUCGCGGCGGCCCCGGGCGGCGGCCCAUGGAGGCGAGCGGGGAGCUGGGCCCCGGCCGGGAGGCGGCGGGCGGCGACCUGCUGCUGGCGCUGCUGGCGCGGCGGGAGGACCUGCGCCGAGAGAUCCCGCUGUGCGCUGGCUGUGACCAGCACAUCCUGGACCGCUUCAUCCUCAAGGCCCUGGACCGCCACUGGCACAGCAAGUGCCUCAAGUGCAGCGACUGCCACACGCCCCUGGCCGAGCGCUGCUUCAGCCGAGGGGAGAGCGUGUACUGCAAGGACGACUUCUUCAAGCGCUUCGGGACCAAGUGCGCCGCGUGCCAGCUGGGCAUCCCGCCCACGCAGGUGGUGCGCCGCGCCCAGGACUUCGUGUACCACCUGCACUGCUUCGCCUGCGUGGUGUGCAAGCGGCAGCUGGCCACGGGCGACGAGUUCUACCUCAUGGAGGACAGCCGGCUGGUGUGCAAGGCGGACUACGAAGCGGCCAAGCAGCGAGAGGCCGAGGCCACGGCCAAGCGGCCACGAACGACCAUCACGGCCAAGCAACUGGAGACGCUCAAGAGCGCCUACAACACGUCGCCCAAGCCCGCGCGCCACGUGCGGGAGCAGCUGUCGUCGGAGACGGGCCUGGACAUGCGCGUCGUGCAGGUGUGGUUCCAGAACCGCCGCGCCAAGGAAAAGAGGCUCAAGAAGGACGCGGGCCGGCAGCGGUGGGGCCAGUACUUCCGCAGCAUGAAGCGCCCCCGCGGCGCCCCCAAGUCCGACAAGGACAGCGUCCAGGAGGAGGGGCCGGACAGCGACGCCGAGGUCUCCUUCACGGAAGAGCCAGCCAUGGCAGAGAUGGGCCCCACCAACGGCCUCUAUGGCAGCCUGGGGGAGCCCACCCCGGCCUUGGGCCGGCCCUCAGGAGCCCCCGGCAGCUUCCCGCUGGAGCACAGAGGCCUGGCCGGCCCCGGCCCGGAGCAGUUCCGGGAGCUGUGCCCCAGCAGCCCCUGCGCUGUCCCCCCGUCCCCCGCGGCCCUGCAGAGCCUCCCUGGCCCCCAGCCGCUCCUCUCCAGCCUGGUGUACCCCGAGGCCGGCCUGGGCCUCGUGCCCCCGGGGGCUCCGGGGGGGCCCCCGCCCGUGCGAGUGCUGGCUGGGAACGGACCCAGCUCCGACCUGUCCUCGGGGAGCAGCGGGGGCUACCCCGACUUCCCCGCCAGCCCCGCCUCCUGGCUGGACGAGGUGGACCACGCCCCGUUCUGACCGAGGCCCCAGCUCCGCUGGCA